AUGUCUACAUUGACAACUUUAGUUUAUCUUUCAUCCUUAUCCAUCAAUCCAGUUGAUAAAGAACCAAUUAUAAAUGCCAUUUAUCCACACGUAUUUCACCUAUCGGCACUGAAAUACCUACGAUUAUCAAAUAAGAACUUGUCUUACAACGUCCGUUUACCGGUUUCAAGUAAUGAACAGAGUCCUAUCGAAUACUUGGUCAUCGAUGAGACUAUUUCAAUAGAUUCACUUAUGUUUCUCUUAUCUCAUUUUCCUCAACUUCGUCGUUUGUCUGCCCAUGUUCAUGUGUUGUCUACUCUCUUACCAGACCAAAUUAAAGCACCGGCGUCGAAAUUAAAUUAUUUGACAGACGUUUCGUUCGGAUUGCAAUCGAUAACGUCCGAUCAAUUUGAACAAUUGAUUUCAUCUCAUCUUCCACAAUUACGUAUUUUUUACUUUCGACACAACAAUUGGCCAAACAAUGGUACUCCUGAUAGCAAUAAUCAUCAGUUCUCAUCGCUAUUCUGGAGCAAACGGCGAUGGUUUUUCGUACAACAGCAUUAUAAAGAAAAAUAUUCUUCUCGAACAAUCUUCUAUUCAACGAAUCCGUACAGACGACGAGAUUAUACACUAGGUGAUGAAAAACGUGACAUAAUCGAUUCGAAUGUACAGAUUAGAUCGGUUCAACACCUUCAUAUUGCUGAUGAAAAGCAAAUACAAGAUCAUCAAUAUUUUCCAAAUGUAACUGCACUUACUCUUGAUAAUGGUUUUACGAGUAGUGUUGCUUCGGUUGUAGUCAACCUGAGUCGUAUAAUUUCUUUGAAGAAUCUGACUCACUUGAAUUUAGAAUGUACUUACUUUGCACUUGUCAAACUAAUGCGAUUGUUAAGUUUUACUCCUCAUGUUCAUACGCUGAUACUCAGUUCGUUGUCGACCUAUGGAUUGAAUAGUCAGACGAUGCAACAGAACCAAACAUUUCAAUUACUAUACUGUACGAAUAUCGUUGCAAAUGUAACCUUGAACGGUAUAUGCUCAACGGAUCAACUUCAGAUACUUCUUACUUUGUUUCCACGAAUGAAAUAUUUGCGCAUUUGUAUUUAUGCGAAAUCUCUACAACCAUUUAUACGACAUAUAUUGCAGAAAGCCAAAGAAAACGCAAAUAGCCAUCUGUGCUUACUGUCUUUUAGAGCAGCACCGAAAAUAUGGAUGAAACGAACAAAAAGUUUGAUUGAUUCGAGAAAAUUACUUGAUGAUUAUAUGUUAAAGUUUGUUGGUAACGAUCUAUACUUAUGA